AUGAGGAUUUUCAUAGCUUUUGAAGGAUCUUUUGAACCAUUUGAUGUUUCAGCAGAUGAAACGGUGGAAGCUAUCAAGCUGAUGAUAAAGGAUUAUUUCCACAUUCCUCUCUCAGAAGACGAACAAGGCAGGCGGUACCUGGAGCUGAUGUAUGCAGGAGCUGCUCUAAGGAACAGCUGGAGUCUUGCUGAUGUUGGAAUAUCUUUCUGUUCGACUCUCAAAUGCUUCAUUAAGGAAGAAGACAAGCCCACGCUGUACGUGUUCAACGCUGUGACCCAAGAGACGAUGCCAAUAAUGGAGAGCGUUUCCCUUCUUGGUAAAACAGUGUCUGACCUAAGGACCGAGGUGACUCUGAGAUGUGGCCUCCCUGUGAGCGUCUACUGUCUGCGGACCCCCGCUGGCCUGGAGAUGUAUGAUCGCAACACCCUGCGGGACUACCAGACCCAUCUUGGCACAACAUUACGUUUGGACGUCUGGGAUGGAUGGAAGGAGUUUCUCAUGGGCUGCCUCCUUGGGCAGGAACUAAAAGUCCAACGCUAUUUAUCCAGAGAAGGACCAGUGCUCAAGUAUCAGAGAAGGGUUGCCCUGUACAUCGCUGCCUUCUAUGGCUACGCCGAGCUCACUGAGUGGGCCCUGAAGCAGGGUGCGCGGCCCCAUGAGGCAGUGGGUGCCCACCCCUAUCGAGCAUGGUGCCACGAAGCCCUCCACGCAGAUGUCUCCAAGUGCCCCAUUCAUGCAGCUGCAGAAGCAGGCCAACUGCUGGUUCUGAAGACCUUUGUCCACUGCAGUGUCCUGUGCCUGGAAUGCAAAGACCCAGCAGGACAAACCCCCCUGGCCAUCGCGUCCAAACACAGGCAUAAAGACUGCGUGUUGUAUCUGCUGAAUAAAAUGUGGUCCACGGUCUCAUUUCUGAAGAUUUCUGUCCCAAUGAGGAUUUAUAUUAAGAUAAAACAAUGGAUCCUCAGAGCUCAGAGUCACAGCCUUCGCAGGAGCCAGCUGUGCAGAGCCGGGGUCCGUGGGGCGAAAGUUGGAGAUAUUGUGAUGGUGGAUGGUUUCACCCAACCCCAAAUGACCUCCAAGAGCUGGCAUAAGGCUGGGAACCAGGACUCACAAGGCAGCUCCAGCAAGCUACCGCCUCUCAGAGGACACGCUACAAGAAGGAAGCCUGGGGACUCUGUGGCAGUUCCACAAAGGGAAGCGGGAGAUGGGCCCCUAGUGUUGCCUCCACUGGUAGAUGCGGAUGCAUUCUCUGAGUUACAGAGACAUCAACAGCAAAGUCAGAUAAAAAUUACCUCCACAGCUCGGAGGAAAGAAGGGUGCAUAAAAAAUGCCUACCUCCCCCAAGUGCCCCUCCCCCCCUUUUCAAGAGCGGGGUACUCGCUCCCCUGUUACUCCACAGCGCGCAGUGAGGACGUUUUACUGAAGUCCUGCUUCGCAUCUUUCCAGCAGCACAGUGGGAGGACUCCCAGGGAGAACGCCAUCUACUGCUUGGCUGUGGCCAGUGCCUUUAAGGAGAAACGAUGGCUUCAGCAGCUAGGAAUAGCAAGAGCCCUUGCCAAAAAGAGCAUUUCCCACCUGACCACCCACAGAGGCCUGGCAGCAGAUGAGAACCCUCCAGAAAUGUUGCUUUGA